CUCUUUUCUUGCCACAUGGCCCCGGAAUUCCCGAAAAUUUGACAUAAGCAAGAACAAAUUCAAACCUCGCCGCAACUUGUUGAUCUUUUACAGGCUCAAUUCCAUUUCUUCCUCCGGAAUCUUAUGGAAUCUAAUCGUAUACCCUAGCUGAAGAAGAUUUUUUUUUCUUAAAGACGAGAAAUUUAUUUCCCUCUUUCUCAGUGAAUUUUGCAGGUGUUAGAUGAUGAAGCCCAGCUCUGCUGAUUAAACCCUUAAAGGUAGCAUUAAUUUUGUGUUUUCUUUCAAUGAGUAAACGAUUUGUUAGUUAGGAAUUGGAAUCGAUAUGAUUUUACUUUCCCGCGUUCUUCAUUUCCUUGAGAUUCUAUUGCUUGCAAGUGUCGGUUUAUGUUGGGAUUGAAACCCUAAUUGUUACAUGGAAACCCUAAUUAUGCGCCUUGCUCUUAUGCUUUGAACGUUAGAAGUGAAAUGAUCGAUAUACAUCCGAGUUCUACUCAAUUAAGGAUUCCCACACUAGCUGGGAAGGGUUUGUGUUACUCUGUAAUAAGACCUGUCUGUUUGAGGAGAAAAUGUCCAGAUCUCUCAAGAUCAAAGAAACGUCUGGCGUGCCGAUAUUGCCCGACUGUCAGUGCCAUUAAAGAUUCAAGUUCAUGUUGGAGUGGGGACUGUGAUUCCUAUGUAAUUGAUGAUGCCGGAGAAGCAGUUCGAAGGGUGUUCAUUCCUGGUGUGCCGGAUGAGGCGAAGGGUGACCGUGUUGCUUCAAUUAGCAGUUCUUUCUGGGAAUGGAAGCCGGAACUGAUUGUUCAUUACGAGAAAUCUGGGUCUGAAAAUGUGAAUUCCCCACACGUGCUUUUUCUUCCCGGUUUUGGUGUUGGUUCGUUUCAUUAUAGAAAACAACUGAAGGAUCUUGGUUGCCAUUUAAGAGUGUGGGCCUUGGACUUUUUAGGGCAGGGUAAGUCAUUGCCAAGAAAUAACCUGACUUUGCAGGUCGAAGGUGUUGCUGAUCACUCAAACUCUGUUGGAGAAGAUCUCAUGUGGGGAUUUGGAAAUGAAGCUCAACCUUGGGCAAAGCAGCUGGUUUAUUCUGUGGACCUUUGGAGAGACCAAGUUCGUUACUUCAUUGAGGAGGUUAUUAAAGAACCAGUUUAUGUUGUGGGAAAUUCACUAGGUGGGUUUGUUGCGCUGUACUUUGCAGCAUGCAACCCUCAAUUGGUGAAAGGUGUUACAUUGCUAAAUGCAACACCUGUUUGGAGUUUUCUUCCUAAUCCUAUUAAAUCGCCAAAACUAUCAAGAAUAUUUCCGUGGGCUGGGAAAUUUCCUCUUCCAAAUUCUAUUAGGAAUGUCAUGAAGGUUUUGUAAGUAUUGAACUUAAUUCAUUAAUUUCCAUUUGGUUUCCUUGUUUUCAUGCUUUCUCUCCUCCAAACUUAGGGGCUGUUUGUUUCAGCCUCUUAAUGGUUCUGAAUGGUUCAGCACUUAAUGGUUCAGACUGUUUGUUUCAGCCUCUUAAUGGUUCAGAUGUCUGAAUGGUUAAGAGAUUUGCCUCUGAAUGGUUAAGACCUCUUAUCUGAAUUGAUCAGACAUUUGCCUCUGAAUAGUUAAGCAAUAUACUAGCUCUUAAUGGUUCAGACCUCUUACUGGUUCAACACUUAAUGGUUCAGAGACCUCUCUUACUGGUUCAGCACUUACCCAUUCAGAAGUUGCCAAACAGCCCCUAAUUGUUCCUUGAUAUAUCUAUUAUAUAAUCAAAAUGACACCCCAUAACUUUUAUGCACCUGAUGCCCUUUUUAUACAAAAAAACCAACAUUACCCCAGAGCCUCAACGGCUCCUGCCCAUUGCGGGGUAGGGGGGGGGG